UGGUUUUCCGGACCUAGACCGAUAAAAUAUUAUAUGUCUGAAAGAACGAAAGAAAAAAGAGACCAUCUUUCUCGCUCAUCGGUUUUAGAGAGAGAAAGAGUGUUGAGUAGUUAGUAAGAAAAAGUGUGUGUAGAGAGAGGGGUAUACAUACAUAUAUAUGUAUGUAUAGAGAGAGAGAGAGUAGAGGGGAAGAAGGUGCAUUAAGCUACGACUGUUUGGAGUGAAGAGUAAGUGGAAGCUUUGAUCUCCAUUAACAAGAAGGAAGCGUUUGGAAGUUUCAUUGAAACUAAGUUACAGAAGUUAUCCACAAGUUCUUGAUCCAACAUAGACAUCAACACUGACUUCUGACUCUUCAGGACCGUGUGCUUGGGAGUUUCAUAGAACAUUUCGAUGGUAGACGAAUUUUGGUAGAUACCUGGCUGAAAAUAGUUUAGAAAGAGUUAAAAUUAAUUCAUCACGAGCAGUGGUGAUAAAUACCAGUCUAAGUAGCAGAUUCAAUUUUAAUGAGAUUCAGAUGUUGCAGCGGCAAAUUAUGUUUAAGCAGCUAGAAGAACUCCAGAGGCAAAAGAAACUCCAGGAGUUAAAUGACUCCGGGCAACAAAAUGUUAUAAAUCAACAAUCUUUGAUACACAAUAAGCAAGCUUCCAGGGCUCAGUAUGCGCCCUUAAUUAAUGGAACACCGGUUCGUGAUGCAUCCCAAAUGUUUAUGUUUGGUUCCACGAACUUGGGCCAGGGGUUUCAAAAUGGAUUGCCUUAUUCACAGGCUCAAAACCAAAUCCUGCAUUCAAUGAGUCUUGCAUCUCAGCCGGUUGAUGGAACUCCUAUAUCUAGCACUGGACAUAGUUUUAGUCGCUUUUCUCAUUUUCAGGGGGGGACUAGUGAAUCCAGUGGUGAGCAAGUAGACACCAUUAGUAGAUCUUCCAUGAGUGAUCAAUUCAAUGUUCCCUAUCAGGAGAGAAACAUGUUUGGACCAGUUUUUAGUCAAGGUCUAGAUAUGGGAGGGCAAACAGGAAAUGAUCAGCAAGAAUUUGGGAGGGGUCAAGAACAAGGUGAUUGGCCUGGCAAUAUUUCCGAGAAAACAGCAAACAUCAACCCUUCUCAGGAUUUUACUACUUUGGAUCCGAUGGAACAAAAGUUCUUAUUCAACUCAGAUGAUAAUGAUUUGGGAGGCUUCGGGAACAUGUUUGAAGGCCCUGAUAAUGUGCAAGCUUUGCCUUCGCUUCAAAGUGGGAGUUGGAGUGCUCUCAUGCAGUCUGCCCUUGAAGAAACCUCCAGUACUGAUACCGGGCUGCAGGAAGAGUGGAGUGGUUUAAGCUUUCAGAACCCAGAACUGUCCAAUGAUAACCAGCCUUCUAAUUUCAUGGAAAGUGGGAAACAUCCAACUCCAUGGCAAAAUAACAUAUUUCAGAAUGCAUCGUCUUUAAAUUCAAGGCCAGAGCAUCUAAAAAUAUCUAAUGCAAGCUCAAGCUUCCCUGGUUUACAACAGUACCCUGCUAAUCAUUUCCAAUUGCGUUCAGAUUCUUCUCAUGAGUCAAAUCAGCAUUCCCACAAAGAAGCAGGUGAGUUAUAUUCCAGUGCUCAACAGAGAGAACCCAUUGAGGGUAGUGCACAAGUUCAAAGGAUCUCACCUUUACAGGUCCAUCAAGGACCAAGUGGGCAUGCUGGAGAGUUUGAGUUUGGUAAUGAUGCUUCAAAUAAUGGCAUGGAGUUUAAGAAGGGGUUCUUGCCCGAUAAUCAGAGACAAUCUAACGCAUCAGAGGUGACAACUUUUAGAAGCAGUGAUUGUUCUGGCAUGUCUGCUAUUAUGGACAGACCAGGCGGCUUUCCUGUUCCAGAUUCAAGUGCUCAAACAAGUCGCCAUAUGCUUGAGCUUCUUCACAAGGUAGACAAAUUUAGAGAAUAUAGACAUGGUAUGCAGUCUGCUCAUACCGAAUCACCUCCAACAAGCGAGAUGCCUAAAGCUGAAACUGUAGAUGCAAUUACUCCGUCCAACAAUUCUUCUGCCCCACAAUACUUUGGAUUGAGGUUGGCCCCUCCAACACAAAGGUUGCCUGGGAAUUAUUUUGACUUAUCUCAGAUGUCCCAACAAGCGGACACCUCCCAUCUAGUUCCAUUGAAGAACCAAGAUGGUCAAAGAUCAUCGAAAUUUGAGACACAACAGCCUCUGACAACAUUGGGGAUGAGUCAACAUGUCUCCAAUUCAACAAGGCAACCUAAUGUCUGGGUAGAUAUACCUUCACAGCAAAAUCUUUCUAGCAUGGGAUUUUAUAAGGCUCCAAGUGGAUCUCCAUCAACCUCAGAUGUGGCAAAUGACAGGAUGGAAACUGCUUUUGAAGCUCCAAAGGAGUCAGAUAGCCAGAUAAAUGUCAAAGGAGGCAAUGAUUUAUUGGAGGCUAGCGGACACGUGUCGAGUUCCCAAAGAAUCUAUGUUGAGGAAGAGUCGUUUUCAGGAUGUGCAGAAGCAAAACCUUCUUCUAGUUCAGUAGUAGUACAUGGAUCUGGCAGCGAGCCCCCAGCAAUUUCUGCACGACAUCAUGAGGCAUUUGGGCAUUCUUUGAAGCAAGCACAUCUUUCUCCUCAUGGUUAUUCACCUCUGAAUCCCACAUACUUGGAUCCUAGUGUAAGGACAGCAGUAAAGAACGAAAGGGUAGAUUCUGACACUAAAGUCCCUCAAAUAACAUCCAUGUCCCAGCUCACUUCUGCGUAUGAGAAUUAUAGAAACCUGCUCGUGACACCAGCUGCAAGAGACAAUCAGUUGGUCAAAACCUCACCUAACCCUCCUCUUCAGGAUGCUUCUCAGCUGCAUAGGAAUAGUUCGUUUGUGCAAAUGAAUUUAGCCAGCACAAGUCAACAUGGGAGUAUAUGGCCAGUAACUGGGACCAACCCAUAUGCUGGUAACCAAUUAUCUUUGCCUUAUUUGCAGCAUUUAGAUGGGCCCAAUCAAGAUUUGCUUGCUUCCAAAUCAAAGAAGCGUAAAUGUCCUACAUACGAGCUUCUACCAUGGCAUAAAGAAGCGACAAAAGGUUCUUCAAGGCCUCAAGAUAUGAGCAUUGCUGAAUUAGAAUGGGCACAGGCUGCAAAUCGGAUACCUGAGAAGUUGAAAGAAGAGGCUGACUCACACCCAAAGAAAAGAAUUAUAUUAACAACACAGCUUAUGCAAGUGUUAUUUCGCCCUACACCGGCUGCAGUUCUCUCGGAUGAUGCUACUACAUGCUAUGAUACUGCAACAUACUUUGCUGCUAGAUUAACACUUGGUGAUGCAUGUAGCUUGGCAAAUCAUCCUCACAUGCCUUCUGAUACAUCUGACUCGUCAUCAGGGAAAAAUGUAAUAUCUAAGGGCAGCGGUGAUCAAAAUCUCUCGAAGAUAGUGGAAGAAUUUAUCGAUCGAUCAAAAAAGCUGGAAGAUGAGCUUUUGAGGGUGGAGAAUGGAGGAUCAAUUCUGGAAAUAAGAAUGGAGUCCCAAGAUUUGGAGAGAUUUUCAGUCAUCAACCGUUUCGCCAAGUUCCAUAGCCGGGCACAAAUGCUUGCAACCGAGACAGCAUCCGCUGGUGGAGCUUCUGCUGUCCCCAAGCUAUUUCCUCAAAGAUACGUCACAGCUAGUCCGAUGCCCAGGACAGUACCCGAAGGGCAUAAUUGUCUUUCCUUGUGAUUGCUAUCUUUACAAGUCUUGUUUUUGCCUUAUCUGCUUGUCUAACUGCACUUUUGGUUCAUCUUUUUGAACCAAAAACCGACUUCUGAUGUCAAUUUUGACGAAGUAUAUAACGUUCUUUUUUACAUGUCCAUUAGCGUUUGGAAGGUUGCCUGGAAGGCCGGCAAUAAUGGCAGGUAUGCAUUUCUAUGAACUGAAAUUGCUUUAGACAACCAUCAAAAUCACCCUUUGCCUUUUGUUGAAUAAGUUCUCUUAUAGCAUCCACAAUGGUGGACCUUUUCAUUCAGCUUCUUUCCCCAAAAGUGGGACCCACAAGCACAAAAACAAGAUUUAGCAUCCACAAUGGUAAGCUUUCUCAUCAAAAAAGUUGGACCGACAAGCUUAGGUGGCCAAACGAAACAGGAAAAAAGGAGGGACCCAUCUGGCUUUUUCACAUUCUGAUGUGGCCAAAAAGCUCUCAAAAAGUCUUAAUUGUGGAUGCUCUUACUUAUAACGACACAAGCAAAAGUAAGGUGGCCAAUUUUUUUUCACAGAAGCUCCAUGCUCUACGGUGACUUGCUACUUAACACGUCUGUCUGUUGAUUUCUAACAGGCUUGACAAGAGCAUCUUUUUUUUACAUAGAACAGAUACUCAUGCACACUCCUCAUCUUUGUUAAGCCUUAGAACCAAUCCGGGUCAAUGACCCUUUAUGUGCACGUUUUUUUUUCUCUGGCAACCAUUGUCUUGGGCCUCUG